UGAAACCUCCAAAAGCUUUUGUGAAACAGCUCAGGACAGUUUGUGAAAAUACUGAAAGCCACGAUGCAUUGGUUCUUGGUGGUUUUGGGUUUGCUGCUGUCUCCUCAGCAGGCACAUAGUUGGAGAGAUGAAAGGCUAAAUUGCAAGCCAGUAACUUCAAGCUUUUGUCAAGAUGUGGGCUACACUACUACCCUCCAUCCGACUGGAGUUCAAGGCUUCAACCUGCAGCAGAUUGGUCAGAUUGUGGAGACGGCCUGUUCACCAUAUGUCGCAACACUCAUGUGUCGUGUUGUCGUGCCUGAAUGCGGCCCGGAGGACGACACUCGGAUAAAACCUUGCCGUGCUCUCUGUGAGAAGGUCAAGACAGACUGCGACUCUGCCCUCAAAGUGAAGAGGUUGCUCUGGCCGACGAGGCUCCGAUGUGAAGCUUUACCAGAGUCUAAUUGUGUCCAGGGUCGAGAACACCGUGUUAUUCCAACUGCACCUCCAACAUGUCAGACAAUCACUGUCCCUCUCUGCAAAGACCUGCCUUACACUGAAACCAUCCUGCCCAACAUUUUUGGCCACAGAACUCAGGAGGAGGCAGGCGUGAAAGCACAAGUGUUUUCUUCACUUGUGAAAGUGGAGUGCUCCCCUCACCUGAAGGCUUUCGUAUGCUCCGUCUACACUCCUCAGUGUGUGUCAGGAAAAGCUCGCCCUCCCUGCAGGACACUGUGUGAGCAGGCACGGUCCGGCUGUGAAUCACUGAUGACCAACUUUGGCAUGGAGUGGCCAUUCAAGUGUGAAACAUAUACCACCGAAUCAUGUGAACGGGUUCAAGAAUACCAUGUUAUUCCAACCACCCGUGCAACAUGUCAGCCAAUCACUGUCCCUCUCUGCGCAGGCCUGCCGUACACAGAAACUGUCCUGCCCAACAUUCUUGGCCACAAGACUCAGGAUGAUGCAGGUCUGGAAAUACAUCAGUUUUAUCCACUUGUAAAAGUGGAGUGCUCCCCUCAUCUGAAGCCUUUCUUGUGCUCCGUCUACAUUCCUGAGUGUGUGUCAGGAAAAGCUCGUCCUCCCUGCAGGACGCUGUGUGAGCAGGCACGGUCCGGCUGUGAGCCACUGAUGACUAAGUUUGGCUUUCGGUGGCCAGAAACACUUAGGUGUGAAGCAUUUACCACGGAGUCCUGUGGACAUUAUGGAGUGGGCAGCAGCGGAGGAAUCUGCGAGCCGAUAAACAUACCGAUGUGCCAAGGCUUGUCCUACAACCAGACGAUGUCUCCGAACCUUCUAGGACACGCAAGUCAAAGAGAAGCUGCAGUGAAGAUGUCCUUUUUCAAUUCGAUCAUGCAAACUUUGUGCUCAGCAGAUGCACGCUUCUUCAUGUGUACAGUGUACGCCCCCCGGUGUGUGGCAGGGGAAGUACAGUGGCCCUGCAGGUCACUCUGUGAGAAAGCCAAAAAUGGCUGUGAUAGUAUGAUGUCCAGUUUUGGCGUUUCCUGGCCAGACGAGCUGCAAUGUAACUCAUUCCCUGAGGAAAUGUGUAUAACAGUAGACAGCAGGCCUGAGAUGCUGGAUGCUGUAGGUGUUCUUGCUAGGUUGAACGCUGGUGGUUUUUCUGUUCGUGGCAAAUCCCUGAGUCUCAGGACAGCCCGCCAACUGUUGAUUCUCAUGGAUGCAGACAAGUCUGGAGACCUGGAUGUUUUGGAGUUCUUCAAACUGGAGCAUUAUGUGGCUGUUACCAGGAGGGAGUAUGUGGAGAGCUAUGAGGGGAGGAAUCCACCCUCUGUCACUGAAACCCAGAUGAAAAAGUCUCUGUCUACCCACAAAUUCAAUUUAGACGAUGAAACCUUCAGAGUUCUGUGGCACGAAUCCAGCUCCCAAGGUGGUAUCGAGUAUGAUGAGUUUGUGACAGUCCUGACAAAACUUCAAAUCCUCAGAGAUCGUUUCCAGGCCCAUCUGCUGAGUUUGCCAUGUGACUGUGAGGUCGCCAGCUUCUCUUUCAAGCAGUUCUUGAAAUCAGCUAUAAUCUGAGGAUCAAACAGGAGCUGAGCUGAAAGGACUGAAGGAGGAAUGUUUUUAGAAUUUAGUUGCAUAGCAAUUUAUUAGCACAGAUCUGUAGGAACCAAUAAAAGAUUAUGAAUCCAUUCAUCAUCUCCAUAAACAAACCUUCAUUCCUUAACUAUAAAAACAUUAAAGGAACAUUAAACACUGAAAAGAUGCUGUUAGGAGUCUGAGCUAUUUCAUAUGAAUGCCUAAAAGUUUGAAUUUUGUUUGUUUUUAUGAUGCGAAAUGCUUCUUUUGUGUGUGUUUGUGGUUUCACAUCAUAUAUAAGAAUUGUUAAGACAAAGCUAUUUCUACAGGUUUUUCUCCUUUUGUUUGGCUUAAAAUGUGAUGUAAUUGCAUGGGAAACUGUCACAUUAUGUAGUAAAUUUUAAGGUGAAGGUGGAUUAAAGAAAUA